CUUUCCCUCUCACUAAACCAUUUAUUUUCUCUGUGUUGUGUAGUUUCUGAAAGAAAAAAAAUGGGAAGAAACGAACUGUAUAUUACAGUACCAAAGCUUUUCCGUUGCCCAAUCUCUCUCGACGUUAUGAAAUCUCCGGUCAGUCUCACCACCGGCGUCACUUAUGAUCGCUCCAGCAUCCAGCACUGGCUCGACUCCGGUCACGACACAUGUCCUGCCACUAUGCAAGUCCUUUCCUCCAAAGACUUCAUCCCUAAUCUCACGCUCCACCGUAUCAUCAACCUCUGGCACCACAGCAGCCAUCUCACUCCUUCUCCUCCUCCGCCGCCGGCGCCGUCGGAGAAGCAAGUCGGAGUUUGGAUUGAAGAUAUUAAGAGUCAAAAUUUGGGAUCGAUGAUCAAAAUUGUCGACUUCUUGAAUUAUUCCGAUGAGAAUAAACGAUUUUUAGCCGGUUUUGAUUAUUUUAUUGAGGAAUUGAUUCUGAUUCUGAGCAAAAGCAUCGGAGAAUUAGAUAUUAAAUAUUUGGAGCUGAUUGUUAGGGUUUUGGAUUUAAUUUUGGUUCAAAAUGUAGCAAAGGAAAACCUACAAAAAUUAACCAACAAAAACUGCUUAAACUCUCUUCUUUUCGUCCUCAAAACUGGAAAUUCAACUUCAAACGACGCCGUUUUAUCCUUACUAAUCUCGCUAGCAUCAACAACUCGGUCUGUCAAAUCACAACUCAUCCAGCUAAAACUCGUCGAAAUCAUAUCAAAAAUUCUCUCAAGCCAAAACGCUGCCGUUUCUUCAAUAUCAGAAAAGUCGUUGAAGCUGUUAUCAAUUGUGUCGACGAGCGCAGAAGGACGGUUAGCGAUACGCGAGGACGAGAAAUGCGUGGGGUGUAUAGUAGAAAGACUAAUGAAAGUGUCCAAAACGGCGACGGAGCAUGGACUAACGGUGUUAUGGAGCAUGUGCUGCGUGUAUAAAGAUGAAAAAGUAACGGAGAAAGCCGUUACGGUUAAAGGGUUAACCAAGAUUUUGUUAGUAAUGCAAAGUGAUCAAUGUGAUGGGCAUGUGGUUAGGAGGAUGUGUGUUGAUUUGGUUAAGGUUUUGAGAGUUGAUAGCGGUGGUGUUAUGCGUUAUGAAACUAAAACUACACAUAUUAUGCCUUGUUAAUUACCAUGCUAAUUAGAUUAGCCUUGUUGUUAAUUACCAGUUAACAUGUACACAUAGAUACAAAACAGAAUAGGAAAAGGAAAUGAAAUUCUUUUUGUUUUAAA